UGUACGGUGUGUAAAGCCGAGCAAGAUGGAUCUAACUCCAUACCUACUGCAGCGAGUGGAUGGGUUAGAGGGCUCACUAAGGACAGAGGAAGGCCAUGGUGCAUUUGGUGUCGUCUACAAGGUCACUGUCAAUGGUCUACCAUGUAUUGCAAAGUGUCUGCACCAGAUUCUAGUCAAAGAAGUAUCUUAUGACGAGAGAGUCUCAAUGGAGUCCAAGUUCAGGAAUGAAUGCAUGCUCUUGAGCAAAUUAAAACAUCCGAACAUCGUCCAUUUCAUUGGAGUGCACUACGGUCGAUCUGAGAACGACCUUGCUCUGGUCAUGGAACGUUUACACACUGACACUGCGGCGUUUGUCAAGUCUCACCCAAAACUACCCGUUUCCAUCAUGGUCUCCAUCAUGUUGGACGUAUCCUAUGGUCUACUUUAUCUCCACACUCAGACUCCACCCAUAAUUCAUCGCGACCUCACGGCUCCCAACGUCCUCCUCACCAGCGACCUCAGGGCAAAGAUUGCCGACCUCGGAGUUUCGAAGGUACUAAUGGACACUAAUCUAAUUAAACACACGACUGCCCCAGGCAAUGUGAACUACAUGGCUCCAGAAACAAAGACCCAAAAUCCUGUGUACGGUACGAGUGUAGAUAUCUUCUCAGCUGGUCACCUUAUAAUCCAUAUUGCAAUACAAGACUGGCCAAAACUGUACAAGGUGACCGAUCAUCUCUCGAUUGCUCCAGGGCAAACGGAAAUAGCCGAACGUCGAUCGGCUCUCGAUAAUGGUAUGGGAAAAGAUCACUGCUUGUACGAUCUGGCGUUGGAUUGUCUCCAAGACAACCCUAAGAAUCGUCCAACCACAUUUGAGUUCAACAGGAGAGUGAACGAGAUAAGCAUGAAGCACCCGAAGCAACUGGAAGAUAUCUAUCAAGUGGAAGCAAGUGAGGACACUGCGUCAGCCAGAGUGAGGGAACUGUCUGACUUGGCUGGGAGACAACUCGUUGAGAUAGAACAGCUCCAACAAGAGAGGACUGACAUUCUCACUCAGAUAGAAACACACCAACUGGCAGCUCAGAUGUACCGAGAUGACUUUCAGUCUGAGAGGAAGGACAGAGAAACGGCUCACUCUAAACUGGCGGAUAUGGAGGGCCAACGAUUGUCACUACAAAACGAGCUCUCAGAUAGAACACACCAAGUGGAGGAGCUCCACUCUGCUCUGAGAAAGAAGAACAAUGAGGUGUCACAGUUACAGCGAGAGAAAGAGGAUCUGUUGUCACGACUACGGCUCGUGGAGGAAAAACAGAGGACAGUUAGCAGAGAAGACGCAGCCGUGGCACCACUGCCACACAGUUGGAACAGCCUCCCUUCACAGCCCAGUUUGCAGCACUCUCUCAGUUUCCCACCGGACUCCGUAGAACCCAAAGAGUGUCCUGACCACCAACAACUUCCCUCACCCGCACACAUGUAUGUCAACAUACGAGACGAAGCAUCGAGCCGACAACAAUACUAUGCAACCUUGGCGACUAUUCCCCAGGCAACAUCACCAGUAGUGAAUCCAGCACACUACAAUCCUAGUCAAGCUCCGGUGACUCUUCUCACACCACCCGAUAUUCAUCCAACUGUUCCGAUGAGAAAUCGAGCAAGCACAGAGUCGACGAUCAAAUACUCUCCAUUGUCAGCGAGUAAUUCAAAGACACUGCCGCCUAAGUUUAGGAACCAAGGUGGAAAGCUACUACUGGCUGAGGGAGAUGAAGGAUACUUGGGUGAUGUUUUUGGUGGUCGUCCUACUGGUGAAGAGUUGUCUAGACAACGUCACGAUUUUGCCGUCUCGAGACCUGAACCAUCUCAACAACCUCACACACUGUCUCCAGUUACUAGGGAUCGAUCGCACGCAAUAUCGAAAUCCAACUUGGAUUUACCUCAAGGUGAUGUUAGUCCACGGCCACCUGUUCGUCAUCAAAGUUUCAGCAGGGUUCGUUCUAAUCCUAACAAAGACGUUCGUGUCGAAGACAGUAGUGUCCAUCCGUACGAGCGUGUUCCACCAAGAUUUGAUCAAUCUUUGUCCGCUCCUGAUACUACGGUUGACACUAGUCCACAGAGGAGACAGACAGCCUCACCGAUUCUACGUCAGCCACAGAGACCAACUAAUUUUAUUCCAGAGGGAAGAGUCUAUCAGCUCCCUGAUGGGGCCAUGCAGUCAAUGCAGAUACGGUCAAGGACACCCUCUCCCACACGAUCCAGGCAUCCAUAUCGUUCCCAAGAUGAGUACGCCACUAGUAGAACUAAUGACCCUUUACCAGUACGAUCAAAAUUCCGUCAACACUCGGACCCCUCUCCACCUUUGUACGAGAAUAUACGAUUAUCGUCAAACGUCGCUGGUGAUAUACGUUUCCAAAUCAUCACACCAGAUUCUGAACCCGAUACACUCGAAACUUCUAAACCAUAUCAAAACUCGUCGUCAUCAACAGCUGGUAAUAGCCAGACGUCGGAGAAACAUUCGGCAGUUCAAGGUAACGAUUGGUCAAUGUAUGCUAGCACUGCUACGGGCUAUGACCAGCACUGGCAACCUAACUUUCAACAAUCCUCCAUUGAUUUGCCACCUCUCGACCCUAACCUGGUGUGCCCAGUUUGCGCCCAAAAGUUUAGAGUGGGUGAGAUACAGGACUACAGAAGUCACUAUAAGACUUGCCUGAACAAAGCAAACUAGACUACAUAAUAAUUAUACUCUUUUUUAGUUUUAUUUCUACCCCAUUUGUUGUAUUUGUAUAUAAUUUGUUUCUACCCGGACCCACGUGUUGUAUUUGAUGCAAAGAUAAAUUUUAUAUAAUUUUCUCGUGUUACAUCCACUUAUUAAAAUUGAUCA